AGGCAAAAUUAUCGGCGCGUCACGCGGCAUUCAUAGAUACACUCUCACUUUAGAGGUUGAAAUCAACGGUUUGUGUCCACUUGUAGUCACAUGGAUCACCGACAAAGCCAGCUACAAUAAUAACUACAAUUAUUAUCCUAUUUACCAAAAUCACAAAACACCGCCACUCUUUUUAUCCUCUACUCUCUAUCUUCCUCUACACCAUCACUCUCUCUUGCAUCUAACCUUUAAUUCUUCUAAACACAAUCUAAGAAUCGAUGAUAAUGACGUGGCACGUUAUGAUAGAAAGACCAUGUUACUUAACAAUAGACUCCACUGCAUGUGAACAUUUCAUACGCGCUUUUAUUUUAUCUUUUCCAUUCCUCCAACUUUACUCCACUCAUCAACACUCCCUUUAAUUGAAAAUAAAUCCUCAAAUCCCAAUCUCAAUUUCAAUUUACUUUACUUUCAUUUCUCAUUUCUCAUUUCUCAUUGUUCUAUUCUAUUCUCUCACUAUGGCUUCAAGAGUAGCGUUGUUGGUGUUUCUCUGUGUUCUUCCGGCUAUGGUUUCAGCGAUUCGCCCAGCGAAGAACCCUUUCUGCUUGAAAGGUCGUGUCGUAUGUGACCCUUGCCGUGCUGGUUAUGAAACCUCCGCUAUAACUCACAUUGCUGGUGCUGAGGUUGCCUUGGAAUGCAAGGAUAGGAUCAGCAACAAAGUGGUGUACACAAAGGCAGGGAGGACGGACCCAUCUGGGGAAUAUACCAUGUAUGUUGACGAGGAUCGCGCAGACAAUGUUUGUGAUGUGAAGCUAGUAAGGAGUCCUCAGAAUAGUUGUAACGAAGCUACACCAGGGCGCGACCAAGCUCGCGUUAUUCUUACUCGUUACAACGGGAUUGCUUCUAAUGACAGGUUUGCCAAUGCCAUGUUAUUCAUGGCAAAUGAGGUUGCUUCUGGCUGUGCUGAGAUACUCCAGAAAAUGCAUGAAUUGGAUGAUGAUGAGAAUUAGUUACUAGUUUAUUUACUUGGAUUUGGGUUUCCUCGUGUUGUUUGAUUCAAUCUUGAUGGAGUGGUAACUCAACAGUCAGUUUAUUAUAUGUCUAUGUAUGUUAUUGGAUUUGCACAAUGCUAAAUUAUAUUAUUUGUUGAAGAA